AUGAUUUAUAACGAGACCGUAUUCCAGGGUCAAUACGGUGGUGCAUUUCCGCAUGGAUAUGGCCAUCUUAGUGGUGUCGGCAGCAUGUUCGGCCCAAGUGCUCUUUAUGGCGGAUACGGUAGCGCACUUGGUGCCGGCCUAUACGGCGAUCCUAAUGGUGGCCUUGGUUAUGGCGGGGGUCGUGGUCUGUACGGAGCAGCGUAUCCGGGUGGGCAAGGUGGAUAUGGAGCAUACGGUAGCUACGGAUUCACUCCACCUAGAGUGCCAGCAUUCUGCGAUCCAGCAACAUAUCCGGCAAUGGGUCCUUAUGGUUUGUACAGUGGCUACGGUGGAUUGGGGGGUCAAGGUGGCUUGGGGGGUUACGGCGCUUACGGUGGCUUGGGAGGCCAAGGUGGUUUGGGGGGUUACGGCGCUUACGGUGGUUUGGGGGGUCUGGGUGGUUAUGGUGGCUUAGGAGGUAUGGGUGGUUAUGGUGGUUUAGGUGGAAUGGGUGGUUAUGGUGGUUUAGGAGGUAUGGGUGGUUAUGGUAGCUUAGGAAGUAUGGGUGGUUAUGGUAGCUUAGGAGGCAUGGGUGGUUAUGGUAGCUUAGGAGGUAUGGGUGGUUAUGGUAGCUUAGGAGGUAUGGGUGGUUAUGGCGGUUUAGGUGGAAUGGGUGGUUAUGGUGGUUUAGGUGGAAUGGGUACACUUGGUUCACACGGUAGAUAUGGUCUUUACGGUGGUUUAGGAGGAAUGGGCCUACACGGUGGUUACGGUGGCUUGGGUGGAGGUUUGGGUGGUCUGGGUGGACGGGGCUUACACGGUGGAUACGGUGGUCUGGGUGGGCAAGGCUUGUACGGUGGCUUAGGCGCUUUGGGUGGUCUGGGCGGGCGGGGCUUAUAUGGUGGCUUAGGCGCUUUGGGUGGUCUGGGUGGGCGGGGCUUAUACGGUGGAUACGGUGGUUUGGGUGGGCGGGGCUCAUACGGUGGAUACGGUAGUUUGGGUGGGCUCGACUUGUACGGUGGUGGGCUAGGUGGCUACGGUCUGAGUGGAUUGUUAGGUAGGGGUCUUUUCGGGGGGUUAGGGAGUAGAUACGGCGGUUUGUACAGUCCGUACAGUGCGUACAUGCGUCACAGCCCGCUGAAUCCAUUCUCUUCAUACUAUCCAUCGGGACUGGGCCACCAUUCACAAUAUAAUCCCUACACCGGCUACAAUUUCUAUAGUCCUCACAGUGCCUAUAUGCUUUAG